UCGAUCUUCCGUCAUUCGUUCCGUUCGAAAGGCUUGGUCGCUGUUGAAAUUAACAAAAAAAUAUACGAAUUCUGUAAAUUCCUAACGAAUUUGUGCUUCCAUUUUAAACUAUCUAUUAAUAUAAGAGUUGUGCGUGCUAAAUAAACCGCGAAAAAUGUCUUCUACUUCAGCAGCGGACGAAAUUGAUGAGGCAAAAGAGCGAGAGCACUUUCGCGCCGUUGUCACCGCUUUCAAAUAUUAUAAAUUAUGCAGCUUAGACAGAAUACACAAAUCAGAGAAAAUAAUAUCAAUAUUGCCACAAAAUCAUCAGCGUCGUUUAGAAAAAUACAAGACUUAUCUCGCGAAAUUCAAGAAAUGUCUCGAUAUAAACAAUAGUGUGGUUCACCUAAUUAUAAAAGACGUUGAUACUAUGUUUGAAAACGUUGACCACACAGUCACUGAUACUUCUGGGACAAACGGCACGGAGAGUUUUGGGUGUAAUUAUAAUAAUUGUGAAAUAGCGUCGCAGAAACAACAUAAAAUGCAGCAUGAUGUGGAAAAGGUACAAUCAGUUUUAAAAAACAUAGUUCGCGAUUGGAGCGACAUGGGUGCGGCGGAGAGAGAGCAGUGCUACAAACCUAUACUAGACGAAAUGGAGGAACGGUUCUCACUGGAUGAAUACAGUGACCGCACGCAAGUCCGGGUGCUGGUCCCGGGCGCAGGCCUAGGCCGGCUGGCGUGGGAGGUGGCGGCGCGGGGCUACACGUGCCAGGGCAACGAGUUCUCGCUCUUCAUGCUGUUCGCCAGCAACUUUAUACUCAACAGGUGUACCGAGAUAAACAAAUACACAGUACAUCCUUGGGUACAUCAGUACGUGAACAACAUAACUUGCGAACAUCAACUAAUAUCUGCACGGUUCCCCGACGUCUGUCCGUCAGGCAACAGGCCCAAUCAUAACUUCUCUAUGACGGCCGGGGACUUUCUUAAAGUGUACACAGAAGCGGAUGAAUGGUCAUGCGUGGCGACUUGUUUCUUCAUAGACUGUGCUCCUAACGUUAUAGAGUUUAUAGAGAGAAUAUACAUGAUACUGCAGCCCGGCGGGUACUGGAUCAAUUUGGGGCCUCUUUUGUAUCACUACAGUGACAUGCCAACAGAGAACAGUAUUGAGCCGCCAUACGACAUACUACUGGAGAUAAUUAGAGAUAUAGGAUUUGAUAUAUUGAAAGAACAAACGGGCGUAAAAACGAAAUACGCCCAAAACCCUCACUCUAUGAUGCAACACGAGUACGACUCCGUGUUCUUCGUGUGCCGCAAACCUUAUUGUAUGUAGCCCUGUAUGUAGCAUACCUUAUUUAUUACGAUAUACUACCUGUUUUCAUUGACAUCCUGUAAAGCUAUGUUUGAAUAUUUAGUAAAUUUUGGUAAUAAAUACACUACUUUUGAUGUCUCUUAGCGAGUCUUGAACUUCGUUUGUUUAUUGGAAAAAUAAAUAUAGUUUUGAUAGUCUGCUUCUGCAAAGUUGGCUAAGAAAACUGACAUUUUUUUUGUUGGUGUACUUGAGCCUCAAUAAUACAGUUAUUAGCUUUGCUUCUACAAGUUGAUUUAAACAUCAUUAUGUCGCCUUCAUGAAUGUGAUGUUUAAAUUAAUACUUCUGAACUUAUUGCUGAGCCUAAGUUGGCAAAAAUAUCGUUUGUCGACUAAUUUAGAAGCUAUAGGUAGAUUUUAUACUAAAAACCUUUAUGGAUGUCGAUGAAAAAUGGGUACAACACUAAUAAUAUAUAACAUUUUUAUAUGUAGAACGUAAUAAAAAGCAAGAAUGUGCAAUGUAGCGCAACAGUUGACCGAUUGUUGCGCCACAGUUGCGCGACCGUCGUCCGAUUAUUGGCUCACUGAGUAUUGUGGAAAAGCACAAAACCUUUUAUGAUGUAACAAAUACAAUACGUUAAAAUUUAGUCAAGUAGUACAUAUUAAAGCUAUAAUAUACGUUAUUUAUUAUUAUAUACAUAGGUAUUGGUUAAAUAGUUUAAUGGUUUGGGAAUCAACCUACUUUUAACCGACUUCCCAAAAAGGAAGUUCUGUGUUUUCAAUUCGGAUGUUUUUUGGGACAUACAAGUAUGAACGUCUAGACUGAAAAC